UAUAAAUAAAUAAAAACCUUUCAUCUUCCCAAUCUAUCAGUCUCGCUGCCCUUUUCUCUCUGUUUGUCACUCAAUCCCUUUCUUCGUUUUCACGCUUACACUCUCUCUCUUUAAAGAUCACCCCCACCUUCUUCAGCCUCAAACUAGUCACUUUCCAGAUGGCAGCGCAAGAAGGAAAUGCAGAUCCAAGUGCCCAAGUUGUCGGCAAUGCUUUUGUGGAUCAGUAUUACCAUAUUCUUCACCAAUCCCCAGGAUUGGUGCACAGAUUUUACCUUGAUUCUAGUUUGCUAAGCCGUCCAGAUGCUGAAGGUGUUAUGACAACAGUGACAACUAUGCAAGCAAUCAAUGACAAGAUUCUGUCCUUGAAUUAUGAAGAUUGCAUUGCAGAAAUAAAAACAGCUGAUGCACAGGAUUCAUAUGAGAAAGGGGUGAUUGUUCUAGUUACUGGAUGUUUAACUGGAAAGGACAAUGUGAGAAAGAAAUUCACUCAAACAUUCUUUCUAGCUCCACAAGACAAAGGCUACUUUGUCUUGAAUGAUGUUUUUAGAUUUGUUGAGGAGAGUGAAUCAUUGCAAAUGAAUUCUGACUCAAAUAAUAGCAUUAAUGAAAAUGCUGUAACAGCCAAUGUGACAGAGGCACCAGAGCCUGUGCAUGAUCACGACAAUGUUCCUGUGGAUCGGGCUGUUGCCAUUGAAGGAGAAGAUAUUGAUAAUGGUGCAGAAGUCUAUGAUCCAUCUGAUAAGGAGGAAUGGUCAGUGAUUGCAGAAGAGGUUGUUGAACCUCCAGUUAAUUCUGUUCAGAGUGAGAUUCAUACAGUUGAAGAUUCAGCACCUGUGACUGAGGAGGAUCUUCCUCAGAAGAAAUCCUAUGCUUCAAUUUUGAAAGUUGCGAAAGGUAAUACAAUAUCCAGUAGAGUGUAUGUUCCUAUCAAUAAUGUGAAGCCACCACCUGCAAAUACUGAUCAGCAGUCAGUUAGUUUGGCAAAACCUUCUCCUGCUCCGGAAACUUCAGCUCCUAUUAUUGACAGUGCUCCUGACAGUAGCAGGGCGAAUGAGGAAGCUGAAGGUUGCUCAAUAUAUGUACGGAAUUUAUCUUUUAGUGCAACACCUGCACAGCUUGAGGAGGCAUUUAAGAAAUUUGGCCCUAUUAAGAAAGAUGGCAUCCAAGUCAGAAGCAGUAAGCAAGGAUAUUGUUUUGGCUUUGUUGCAUUUGAGAUGCCGAGUUCAGUGCAGAGUGCACUCGAGGCUUCACCUAUAACAAUUGGGGAUCGUCAAGCAGAUGUCGAGGCAAAGAGAGCAAACUCUCGAGGUGGUGGCGGCAGUGGAAGAGGUAGGUUUCCUUCAGGAAGAUUUGGGUUCCGCAAUGAUAGUUUCAAGGGUCGCGGUAACUUUGGUGGAGGCCGCGGUUAUGGCAGAAAUGAGUUCAGAAACCAGGGUGAAGGUAGGAACGAAUAUAGAGGUCAGGGUGAAUUUUCGGCGCGACCAAAGGGUUCAAGUGGACGCAACGGGGAAGGGCGGGUAAAUCAGAAUGGAAAUCGAAGGGGUGGACAGGGUUCUGUUCCAGCUUGAAACAGACCAAAAGAUCUUUUUUGACAAUACAAAAUGAGGGGUUUAUUAGAUUCUAGAAAUUCUUAUUCUUAUUUUUAUAGUUGCAAGGAUUCUUGCGGUUACUAUUUUUUCUUGAGGAACUUCAUAAAAAAGCUUGCAUAACAUGGAAGGUUGUUUUGGUGCAAUCAUGUAUUCUUUCCAUGAAAUCUUCUGUACUUUCAUUUUUGAAACCUUUAAUUUAAUUAAUCCAAGCUGAUUUUGUUGGUGUUUUA